AGAUUUUAAACGAUUGUUUCUAUUCUGUGAGCAACCAUGUCUGGUCCAUCCUCCGAGGCUGACGAGCCGCAGCAGGCAGUCCACAGGUCCGACACCGUGCAGCUGCACGAGCACAGCAAUGCCAACCUCUUGAAGAUGGACACGCACGACAAGUACUCCACCGUGAGGGCAAUCAAGAAGCUCAUUGUCAAAGCCCUGCCGUUAGAGCAGCGCGACCCGCCACCGCAGCCGCUACUGAAGGGUCUCAUCCGCAUCAACAAGAACCCCAAGAAUGCGUUUCUCUUUAUGGCCUUCGACACCCCCGAAGACCGCGCGGCGGCCUCGACGUUCCUGCAGACGCUCUCCCACAGGGGCCGUGCCUGGGAGGAGGCGACCGCCUCCACACGAGACCUGGAGCUGACACACAAAGGCCAAACGAAGCGCAAACGUGAGGGCGACGGCGCAGACGGCCCGGCAGCGUCGCGCAACAAGCUGACGCAGUACGAGCACCUCGCCAUGGAAGAGCAACUAGACCGCAAGAAGCGUCAUUGCCUGGACGUGAUGCGCGUUCUUCUGCCCUCGCGCGUCUAUGGCCACGACACCGCCUAUGACCGCUUCGUGGGCAUCUUUGCGUGCCCCGUCACAGAGGGCUACCGCAACCACGUGAAUCUCUCCUUCGGCUUCAGCGCAGACGGGACACCGGCGCUAGGGUUCCAGGAAGGCUCGCUGGUUGACGGCACGGCGGCCAUCAUGCCGGCCACAUUACCGGACAAGAACAUUAGCACGAUGAAUGCAGCGGCGAAGGUGGUGGCGGUGGCGCUGAUGGACGUCUACAGCGAAUUCAAAGAUCCUGCGAAGGGUGCUUUGGAGGUCUUCGACAAGGUCAACGCCCGUGGCUUCUGGCGCAAGCUGCAGGUCCGACACAACGUGAAGGGCGAAGUUAUGGUGGACGUCGAGAUGGACGCAGCGGCCGCGACGCCGGAGAUUUACUCGCAGGUGCGUCAUCGCCUGGUGGAGAUCCUCACAUCGGAGACCGUGCACGCCAAGCUGAUGAGCACUACGGGGCUAGCCACGGCCGCCGUGGUGAGUGUGCAGUGCCACUCCCACACCGGCAUCAGCUCCCUCCCUUUCGACGCCCCGCGCGACGUCCUCUACGGUGCGUUGACGCUGACAGAAACGCUCGCCGGUCUGCAGUACGAGCUGAGUCCAACUGCCUUCUUCCAGGUCAACACGCCCGGCAUGGAGGUGAUGCUGCAGAAGGUGACGGAGGUGGCGGAGCUGAACGCUGGCACGACGCUGCUGGACCUGUGCAGCGGCACCGGCACCAUCGGCCUGACUUUGGCCAAGUACGUGAAGAAGGUGAUUGGAAUUGAGCUGGUGGAGGCGGCGGUGGAAAACGCGAAGCGCAAUGCCGAGCGCAACGGUGUCGCCAACGCACAGUUUCGCUGCGGCCGCGUCGAGCAUCUCCUACCGUCCGUCAUCGAUGCCCUGUCGGCGGAGGAUCGCAAGGACAUCGUAGCCAUCCUUGACCCGCCCCGCGCAGGCGUCAACGGCACGGUGCUCAAGUGGAUUCGAGGGACGGAGACGAUUCGCCGCGUCGUGUACAUCUCCUGCGAGCAGAAGGCGCUGGAGCGCGACUGUCCUGGUCUCACUAAGCCUAGCACCAAGGCCUACCGUGGCACGCCCUUCGACGUGACGGCAGGCUUCGCGGUUGACCUCUUCCCCCACACGCACCACGUGGAGAUGGUGGCGGUGCUGAACCGCCGCGCUGAGGCGGAGGAGGAGCGUGAGGCAACUCCCGCCGCUGCCACGUCUGCGUCGCUCGCACAAUAA